AUGACUAGCGAAGUAACGGAAUCCAUACCUUCUCCCGCGCAAGGGGUCGGCCCAACAUACUGGCCAGAAGGCGAAAAGCCAACAGCUACGGUAUCUAAAGAUAUACCAUAUGACAAUGUCCAUGUCUUACCUCAAACGCCCCAGCUGAUUGCCCUCUUGACUAUGAUCAGAGACAAGAGAACCGGUCGUGCUGAUUUUAUAUUCUAUUCAAACAGAAUUAUUCGUCUCUUGGUUGAAGAGGGCCUAAACCACCUUCCAGUUGUGGAGCAAUCAGUCACGACUCCUGUAGGUCGAGCCUAUCUCGGUGUUAGAUUUGAAGGCAAAAUAUGCGGCGUGUCAAUUAUGAGGGCAGGUGAGGCGAUGGAGCAGGGGCUGAGGGAUUGUUGCCGAUCGGUUCGCAUUGGGAAAAUAUUGAUACAGAGAGACGAAGAGACAUGCAAACCAAAAUUAUUCUAUGAGAAGCUUCCUACCGAUAUAUCCAGCCGCUGGGUUUUGCUGCUUGAUCCCAUGUUUGCAACUGGAGGCUCCGCUACCCUUGCUGUUGAGAUUUUGAAGGCGAAGGGUGUACCCGAGGAUCGCAUUUUAUUCCUGAACCUCAUCGCAAGUCCUUCGGGGGUUGCAGAUUUUGCUGAACGCUUUCCCAAACUCAGAGUUGUCACUGCGUUUAUUGAUCAAGGCUUAGAUGACAAAAAGUACAUCAUUCCGGGUCUUGGUGAUUUUGGUGACCGAUACUAUACCUUAUAA